AUGUUCAGCCGGGGUUGCGGGGUAUGCGCAAUGAGGCACCGCGACCUCGGCCCAGAGCAGGAGAAGGAACAGGGGGAGUGGUGGUGGGCGGGCGCAUGCGUUGGCGCCGCUGUGCUGGUGUGUGCGGCCGCGGGCGCGCUGGCCCGCCCGCACCUGCGCCGCCGACACGCUGCCGCCGCAGCCGCCGCCGCCAACCCCAUGCUCUCGGUACAAGUGCCGGGGUGCGCGGGCAUGGAGCGGCUGGGCGCGCCGGGGGGACCGCGCCUACGGCACGAUCACAGACAUCACCAUUCCACAUUGGAAUGGGAGAAGCAGCAGAGGUUACAGGUACAGGCGAUGGUGGGUCGACUGCAAGAGAUGGUGGAGCAAGAUGUACGCGCGAGGUCCGCGGCCGCAGCCGAGCGGCUCGGUCUGCCGCCCAGCAUACAGCUGCCCGACGGCGAGUACGGGCAGGACGUGCAUCUACAGUUACGAGUCCCUUAUCAGCAAGCCGAGCUGACGAGAAGCAGCUUCCAGCCUCCACCGAACAAGUGCGUGAGCGACGUGCCGGAGUGGGCGGGCGGCGCGGAGGCGGGCGCGGCGCGGCGCGGCAAGAAGGACGGGCUGCUGCAGAAGGCGACGCGCUGGUGGGUGCGCAUGGGCGCGCGGCCGGCGGCGCCGUUCCUGCCGGCCGCGGCGCCGCCGCCGUUCGUGAUGGUGCCGCGCCGCGCCGCGCCCGAGCCGCCCGCGCCGCCCGACGCGUGACCGCGCGCGCCGAGUCCACGCUUACAUUCCAUAUCCGGGCCGCUCGGGCCGCUGCGCGCGCCCCGGACUCUUAUAGACUUGCUAUUUAUUUAUUCGGGAGUGCCGCGCCGCGCCCGUGUUCCUCGCGCCGUCUGAGAGUUUCGCGAAAACUAAGACUGAGAUAAAGUAAAAAGAUAUAACGUUAUAAAGUCUACGUUGAAGUAUGUUGUCUUAGGUGAAAUUGAUUCAAAAUAGAAACGAUUAAAGUUAUAUUAUAAUAUUUAAUGAAUCUUUCGGCGUGGCCCUCGAUGAUAUCGUGUAUUAGCCGAGGGUCCGUCGACGGUGAGCUGAUGUCUUGCAGUGUACAGUUUCAUGUUUAAGUGACCUAUUUUAAAGUUUAAUUUCUAUCCAGCAGCUAUAAAUCUGUGUUUAAACAACUUUUAUAUUUAUUUAUAAUUAUAUGUAAAGGAUGCAUAUCAGUACAGUAAACGCAAGGAAUAUUAAUUUACGUUGCAUAGUUACUAUUUUAUUGUAAAUAUUGUCUCUAAUUUAAUAUUAUUAGAUUAAUUAUGGCUGAACGCCAGAACCCGGGGGUCUUUUCAAUUGAGUGUUUGCUACAUUCCAUAUUUAUGUUGAAAUAUUCUCGAUAAUACUUACUGUACUAGUUGCUUCUACCUGUUUACCUGUAGUCCUUGUAUGUCUGUAUCAAUAUCACGACUGUCUGUAGAGAGGGGCGCCAGCGCGCUGUCUGUGUCGAUACCUAGUCAUGCUGACAAUAAUUGACAAUUAGUGACUGAUAUUUAAAAUGCAGAUGAAUAGAAAUCUCAUUAGAAAAUAGACAAAAAGAAAAAUAUUAAACGAAUUAGUUAUAAAUUAGCUGUUUAUUAUUUAUAUUGUUUAGCCAGCGAAACAUGUGCUGCAUAUUGCUGUGGUUAGAGACUCGUUGUUAUACGAUAAGUUAUCGCUACUUUGCUGGUUAACUGCUGACACCUAUAUGGAGUAUAUGUUUCGCCGGCCAUUAUUGAAGUGUCACGACAGUCAUUAACUUGUUUACUAUCCAUGAUAUCAUCAACAGAUACGAGAUGUAGGUUUUCAUCACCAUUGUCUUACUCAUACUUACAAAGAGAAACACCAUUGGUUCGUCCAUUGAAUGAUAGUGGGCGCUCACCUUAUCAUCCAUAUUUUAAAUGAUAGUUUGCAGUGAACACUUGUAUUUUUCCUGUACAUAUUAUAAUAUGUCAAAAAGUGUUUUGAUUUCUAAUACAAUUACGGGUCUUAAGCCUAACACUUGCCGUUAGUAAGCUACAAUGCUGGACGCUAAGUAAAGGUAUUUUACAAUAAAAUGGCGCAAUAGAUGUAACUUUUAACUGUUAUAAAUAUAACAAUUUCCACAAGCUUCUAUUUUCCUGUCAUGAUGGAAACAUUUAAAGAUAUGUUAAUUUAGAUAAAAAAUUCUAGUCGCUACCACUUGUAGUUUGAUUCUAUCCAAAACUGUUAUAUAACUUAUUUAUGAAAGCUUGAGGAUGUUUACGUAUUUAUAACGUGCUCUGGAAUCGUACGCAGCACAACACGACAUAGGAAGUAAAUUGAAAUGUGCCCUAUUUUCCAAAUACCUAUAACAUAAGUACGUUGUUGUUACUUAAGAGAUAGUGUAGUGCAUUAUUAUCGCGAGUGCGUGUGAGCGUGUGUUGUCUCGUUGCAUAAUGUAUGUUUGACGCGAAACAGUCGGUUGUUUGUAUCGUUAGUAAAAUGGCACAAAAGUUUGCGCAUUUUAUUGAAUCUAUUACAUUGACAGCAUUGGAGUGCUAUACGCGGCCAUUUUUACGGACUGAAACAUAAUGUAAUGUUCAAAAUAUUAAAUGAAAUAAGUAAUUAUAAUUACUUAAAACUGAUUUGUUUUGUAUAUUUAUUGUUUGUCUUCGAUGUUUACAUAAUGGCGAUUGAUAAAUAGUUCAUUGAAAGACAACUUAGUAUUUAUUUUAAACUAUUUGUAUAUACUUAAUAAAGGGUAAAAGAGGCAGCCUGUGGUCAUGGAAACUAUGGCUUUGGUAAUGAUUUUCAACCCGCUAGUUCGAAUUCUAUUGAACAGGAAUGGUGUGGUUAAGUCAAGUUCCGUAUUCAAAAAUAACAAACUAAAUCUAUAGAUAGACAAUUUUAUUUAAUUACGACGAGGACCUAAAAUUUCAUACCGAGCCAGACUUUACUUGGCAUAUGCUGUCCUUUCCACUCUGUAUAAAUAAGUAAAUAUUGUUGUGGCCUACGUCUUAAAAUAGAGGGGUCUGUUCAUUAAACACAAAUUGUAGCAUAAAGCAUAAAAUGUGCAUGAAAAGUAUUUCUCUAUUGAGUGUCAAAAGUGGCAUAAAUUGAGUUGAGCAUCCCUAAAUGAUCGAGUUGUACAGUAUUCUGCAUAACAGGACAAAAGUAUAGAAAUUAAUUUUGCUAUUUCUAUAUUUUUGUUUUUAAUUUUACGGUCACAAGUAUUCUAAUACAUACAGCAGCUUAUUUAUAUCAUUUUAUUAUGUCCCGCCAUGUUUUUUGUUGCCUUAAAAUUACGAUUAGUGUCAAAAAUGCUAUUUUAGCAAUCGUUGUACAAAAUGCUGAUGGAAAUAUAAAAGUUGUUUAAAAUAGUUUCACAGUAUAUAUAUUUAAUCUAGAUAUCAAACAAUAUUCCAUUUGUCAUAUUAAUAAGUAAAAGCAGAAGCAAAUGUUUAAUAAUAAAAGAAAACUGCAUUAAAUUAUGACCUACCAAUAAUGAACAA